CUCUGUGUGUGAUUGCUGAGGUCUGGGCUCGGUGCGAAUGUGAAGGAGUCCCGCUGAUGGUUUUGUCACAUUUUCUCACCGUCUGAAGCUGCGGGGCGUUCGGGCGCUGAAAACAUCCACCAUAUCCACCUUAAAUCCGCCUUAAACGCGUUCACCACACUCGCUCCGCCGGUGGAGUAGCAGGGAGCGGCUCCGGGGCUCAGCUGAGCGGUUUUUACUUCAUCCGAGUGCUUCCCCCCUGUUCUUCUGGCUGGAAAACGAACGUUAAAAGUAGAGAAGCCUCCCCCUCCCCAUCCCCCACGUGAAGGAAAUGCCCAUCGCAGCCACCGGUCAACCAUCGACUCCAGAGCCUCGCGUCUGCUCACAGUUGCCCAGCGGUGCCGAGCCCACGCCCAAGAGGGUCGGCCUCUGUGAGGACGCCGAGGUGAGGGGACACAGCGGUGGACCCCUGGAACCAGGCAGGGCCACUCUAGGAGCCUCAGCGGCGGCGGCAGCAGUGGAAGCGUCACAUUCUCCUCCGGCUCUCUCGCCGCUUGCUUUGUCUUUGCACGGCCACCCUGAGCCGCCCAGGACUCGCUCGCGCUCUCGCUCCGGAUUCUACGGACCUAACGGAGCAGUGGGAGUGACCCAUCAUCCUUAUCCUUACCAUUAUCAUCUUCAUCAUCCUCAUCAGCCGCAGCAGCAGCAGCUACAGCAGCAACACGGACAUAUGGAAAACCUAAGGCCUCACGGGAGCAUUCUGUCGCCGGGCGGCCACAGGCACUCCGGCCCCGGAGCUCACCGGAACACCGGAGCAGGAGCGAUGGGAGGAGUGUAUCACUACCAUUCGGAGCCGGCCUGCGCCGAUGCCACUGAUAAGACGGAGGACUCCCCGAGUCCGAAACGCCAGCGUCUGUCCCAGCAGUCUGUACUGGAGCUCACCUCAGCCCCUCCCUCCACACCUUCUCCACCAAUCAGACCGUGGGAGCUGCCGCCGAGUCGAAGACCGCACCCCUACCCUCACACACCCUACCACUCAGAACGCUGUCACACGCCUGCACGACACAGACGCAGCCCUCCAGCUCGUCGGCAAAGGGGACGCCGCGAUCGUAUGACUCGACUCCACCCACCUCACCCUCCCCACCACGGCUCGCCGGGCGGCGGUCAGGACGAAAACUACCGCCACCCUCACCACCCACACUCCCUCCAUCCGUACGGCCAGGCGCCCCCUCACCCUCCAACCGGCCUGGACGAGCCCCGCGCCUUCCACCCCCCCACACUGUCCCCACGGCUGCUGCACCCACAGCAACAGGGCACCAUGGUGAUGGACCUCCAUGAGCAGCUCCCUCAGGGAACAGUCCCGGUAUCGUAUACUGUUUCUCCGGUGCCGCCCCACGGCCUCCCCCCACCGCUCUGCACAGGACAGCAUCUCCCAGCAUGCUCCUCUCAACAGCAGGUGCCUGCCUGCUCCGUCGUCUUCAGCGGCCAGCAACACUAUCCAGUCUGCAGCGUCCCCCCUCCGAUGUUACCUGCGUGCUCAGUGCAGCACUUGCCAGUUCCGUACGCAUUUCCGUCUCUUCUCUCCAGUGAUCCCGCGUUUCUACUUCAUCCUCCACACCUCUCGCAUCACCCACCCCAUCUGCCCCCGCCCGGACAGUUCCUGCCCUUCCAGACUCAACAGUCCCGAUCGCCACUACAAAGGAUUGAGAAUGAAGUGGAGCUGCUAGGGGAUCAUCUUUCUGUGGCGGGCAGCUUUAAUUACCCCCACUCGGGCCACCCCAGCCCCUUGCCACCCUCCACCCCGCUGCAGUUCCUCUCUCAUGAACCCCUGCCCCAGGAGCUCUUUGGAGUGCCGUAUCCUCACUUCAUGCCUCGGCGAAUCACAGGCCGGCGUUAUCGCUCACAGCAAGCUGUGCCCCCGCCCCCGUAUCACCCCAGCCUGCUGCCCUACUUCCUGUCUGUUCUUCCAGUGCAGCCCACAGCUGUGGGUCCUGCCAUCAGCUUAGAGCUGGACGUAGAUGAUGGAGAAGUGGAGAAUUACGAGGCUCUGUUGAACCUGGCCGAGCGUCUUGGGGAAGCCAAACCACGUGGUCUGACUAAAGCUGAUAUAGAACAGCUGCCUUCCUACAGAUUCAACCCCAGCAAUCACCAGUCUGAGCAGACCCUGUGUGUGGUGUGUAUGUGUGACUUUGAGUCUCGUCAGCUGCUGCGAGUUCUGCCCUGCAAUCAUGAGUUCCAUGCCAAGUGUGUCGACAAGUGGCUCAAGGCUAACAGAACCUGCCCUAUCUGCCGAGCGGACGCCUCCGAAGUCCAGCGGGAUUCCGAGUGAUGAUCCCGGCCCGCUUCCCGCUCAUAGACGUGCGCACACACCCCUGUACACACCACUGUUUUCACCACAGGAUCACAUUGCCCUGUGCAGCCAGCUGGACUCCAGAACUUGUCAAAUCUUUCCACACACUGGACUUUUCACCCCAUCUCCUGUUGCAUCGAGUUCUUUUGAUAUAUAUAUAUAUAUAUAAGACAGACACACACUCCUACAACACACACACAUUCUCUCUCUCUCUCAUACACACACAAUACAUACAAACACAUGUAUACAAACACAGACAGACACGCCCCUUUCAAAACUCUUCUAAUGCUUCUGUGACGAGCUUCCUUCUUUUGUGCUGUGCUGAGAAACAACUGAACAAGCACAAGUACGUACACACACACACGCACACACACACACACACACACAUACACACACUCUCUCUCUGAAGUCACCUCUACACAUCUCCAGUUACAAUGGUUACUAACGCCAUGAGUCCAAAGAUUCCAAUGGUUCAUAUGUUUUGUCUGGAUUAGGUCACUCCAACCACUGCCAUUACUGUUUAUUACUUAUUAAUUUAAUUGUAUUUUUUGUUUUAUUGUUAUUUUUUCUUUUGUUUAUUAUUAUUUUUUUCCUUUUGUUGUUUUUUUUGUUUGUUUGCUUGAUUUUUGGGGGUACAGGGUGGUUGCAGUCUUCGCUGUAUGUUUGCGUAAGUACAUGAACGUGUGUGUGAGUGAGUGUGUGUGUGUGUGCGCACGUGUGUGUGUAUUCAGAUACGUGUACUAACAUUCCCUAGCAUGUGAGCACACUGGAGGUGUGAAGGUAGCUCGUCACGAAAGAGAGGACGCUGACAAUUGCGUGCAUGUGCUUUUUAUACUCUACCAAUAAAGAAAAAAAUAGUAUAUAUAAAUAAAAUAUAUAUAUAUACAUAUAUGUAUAUAUAUAUGUGUUUGUAUAUAUAUGUAUGUAUCAACAUAGAGGGACAGAAUAACACAAUUUAUACGUUUUAAAGAAGAGAAAUUGUUUCCCCUGUCCA